AUGGAUCUUAAAGAUUAUUACCUGUUGGCUGCUCUGCUGGCGUGUCUGUGGCUGGACCCUUCUAUCGCCCAGGAGCUUAUCUAUCCCAUCAGAGAAGAGUUGCAGGAAAACGUUCUCAUUGGAAACAUACCAAAGGACCUCAACAUCUCACACACAAACGCCGCCACGGGCGCCAGCGCUAACCUGGUGUACCGGCUGGUGUCCAAGGCGGGGGACAACCCACUGGUGCGCGUGCUGAGCAGCACGGGGGACAUCUUCACCACCUCCAACCGGAUCGACCGCGAGAGGCUCUGCCCAGGGCCGUCCUUCGAGGACAGCGAGUGCUCCUUUGAGAUUGAGGUGGUCAUCCUGCCUAAUGACUACUUCCGACUCAUCAAAAUCAAAAUGGUGGUGAAGGACACCAACGACAACGCACCCAUGUUCCCCUCACCGGUCAUCAACAUCUCCAUCCCUGAGAACACGCUCAUCAACAGCCGCUUCGCCAUCCCGUCGGCCACCGACCCCGACACGGGUCCCAACAGUGUCCACAAGUACGAGCUGGUGAACGGACAGAGCGCCUUCGGCCUGGACAUCGUGGAGACGCCGGAGGGGGAAAAGUGGCCGCAACUCAUCGUGCAGCAGAACCUGGACCGUGAGCAGAAGGACACGUACGUGAUGAAGGUGAAGGUGGAGGAUGGCGGGAGCCCCCAGAAGUCCAGCACAGCCAUCCUGCAGGUGACUGUGACCGACGUCAACGACAAUCGGCCAGUGUUUAAGGACAGCCAGGUGGAGGUGCACAUCCCGGAGAACUCGGCAAUCGGGACGUCCGUCGUGCAUCUGCUGGCCACGGACGCGGACAUCGGGUCCAACGCGGACAUCCGUUACGUGUUCGGCACGCAGGUUCCACCCGCCACUAAAAGACUGUUUGCGUUGAACUCGACCACCGGUCUGAUCACCGUGCAGCGUCCCCUGGACAGAGAGGAGACGGCCAUCCACAAGCUCUCCGUGUUAGCCAGCGACGGCAGCUCCAGUCCGGCCAAAGCAACCAUUAACAUCAACGUGACGGAUGUCAACGACAACCCGCCAAACAUAGACCUGCGCUACAUCAUCGUACCCAUUAACGGCACCGUUUUCCUGUCAGAGAAAGAUCCCAUCAAUACCAAGAUAGCCCUCAUCACCGUCUCGGACAAAGACACGGACAUCAACGGCAAGGUCAUCUGCUUUAUAGAGAAGGACGUUCCGUUCCAUUUGAAGGCUGUGUACGACAACCAGUAUCUACUGGAGACUUCUGCUUUGCUGGAUUAUGAGGGAACCAAAGAAUACAACUUUAAAAUCGUGGCCUCGGACUCCGGGAAGCCGAGCCUCAACCAGACGGCGUUGGUCAGAGUCCGGCUAGAGGACGAGAACGACAACCCGCCGGUGUUCACUCAGCCGGUCAUCGAGCUGGCCAUCAUGGAGAACAACAAGCGCGACCUGUUUCUCACCACGCUGACUGCCACAGACGAGGACAACGGCAAGAACGCCGAGAUCGUUUACCAGCUGGGCCCCAACGCCUCUUUCUUUGACCUGGACCGCAAAACAGGCGUGCUGACGGCAUCGCGUGUGUUUGACCGCGAGGACCAGGACCGCUUCUUGUUCACGGUGACCGCCAGAGACAACGGCACGCCACCGCUGCAGACGCAGGCUGCUGUCAUAGUGACCAUACUGGACGAGAAUGACAACAACCCCAAGUUCACCCACAACCACUUUCAGUUCUUUGUGUCUGAGAACCUCCCCAAGUACAGCACCGUGGGCGUUAUCACCGUGACGGACACCGAUGCCGGGGAGAACGCCGCCGUCUCCCUCUCCAUCCUCAACGACAACGAGAACUUCAUCCUUGACCCGUACUCCGGCGUGAUCAAGUCCAACGUGUCUUUCGACCGCGAGCAGCAGAGCUCGUACACAUUCGAUGUCAGAGCCGUGGACGGCGGGCGCCCGCCCUGUUCAUCGGCCGCCAAGGUCACCAUCAAUGUCAUCGACGUGAAUGACAACACCCCUGUCGUCAUCUCCCCCUCCUCCAACGCCUCCUUCAGGCUUGUGCCGCUCUCCUCCAUCCCAGGCUCCGUGGUGGCGGAGGUGUUCGCCGUGGACGGAGAUACGGGGAUGAACGCCGAACUCAAAUACAGCAUUGUGAGCGGCAACAACCGGGGCCUGUUCAGGAUCGACCCGGUCACGGGCAACAUCACGCUUGAGGAGAAGCCCACCAUGACCGACAUCGGCUUGCACAGGCUGGUGGUGAACAUCAGCGACCUGGGCUACCCAAAGUCCCUCCACACGCUGGUGCUGGUCUUCCUGUAUGUCAACGACACAGCGGGGAACGCCACGCUCAUCAACGAGCUCAUCCGCCGCACCAUGGAGACGCCCAUUGACCGCAACAUCGGCGAAAGCAGCGAGACAUACCAGAGUGGUGACUACCUCACCAUCAUGAUCGCCUUCGUGACCGGCGCCCUCGUGGUUGUCAUCGUGAUCUUUGUGACGGUCCUGCUGCGCUGCCGCCACGCCUCGCGCUUCAAGGCGGCUCAGAGGAAGAAGCAGGCAGAGUGGAUGUCCCCCAACACGGAGAACAAACAGAACAAGAAGAAGAAGAGGAAGAAAAGGAAGUCGCCCAAAAGCUCCCUGCUCAACUUUGUCACCAUCGAGGAGAGCAAGCCCGACGACCCCGCCCACGAGCCCAUCAACGGGACCAUCAGCAUCCCCACGGAGCUGGAGGAGCAGGGGAUUGGUCGCUUCGAUUGGAACGCCCCACCCACCACCACCUUCAAACCCAGCAGCCCCGACCUUGCCCGGCACUACAAGUCUGCCUCCCCGCAGUCGGCCUUCCACCUGAAGGCGGACACGCCGGUGUCGGUGAAGAAGCAUCACGUGAUUCAGGAGCUCCCGUUGGAUAACACGUUUGUUGGGGGCUGCGACACACUCUCCAAGAGGUCGUCCACCAGCUCAGACCACUUCAGCGCGUCUGAGUGCAGCUCCCAGGGCGCGUUCAAGACCAAGGCCCCCAUGCACACCAGGCAGCAGGGAACAUUAACUCGCGCACGAACCGAACUCAACCCUGAAUAUCUGGACCUCCGCCCGAGAGCUGAGCUGAACCCCGAGUACUGGACCCCCUGCACCCCUUUAUCUCAGCGGCGAGUCACGUUCCACCUCCCCGAUGGCUCCCAGGAGAGCUGCAGUGACAGUGGUCUGGGAGAGCAGGAGCCCUCUGGUUCCCUCCUCACACAUCCUCUCCCUCUGGUGCAGGCUCACGACCAGCUCUACGACCAGGCCUCGCCCGACAAGAGGACCGAAGCCGACGGCAACUCUGACCCCAACUCUGGUAAAGACAUGACUCUGCCCAGCGGAGACCUCUCCCUGUCCUCCCUGAUUACUGCUGAUCACCAUGAGGGCUGGUUAGAACAGCGAGAGGUGGAGGGCUGGUUAGAACAGCGAGAGGUGGAGGGCUGGUUAGAACAGCGAGAGGUGGAGGGCUGGUUAGAACACCGGGAGGUGGAGGGCUGGUUAGAACAGCGAGAGGUGGAGGGCUGGUUAGAACAGCGAGAGGUGGAGGGCUGGUUAGAACAGCGAGAGGUGGAGGGCUGGUUAGAACAGCGAGAGGUGGAGGGCUGCGUGAAAGGUGUGGGGCCCUCGAUGGACACAGCCCAGGGCCCCAACACCUCUAAAGGAUUCCUGUCUCAGAUGAGAUUUAGUCGACAGGCUGAGGAGAGAAAAGAGAAUCGCCAUCGGCUGCCUGGCAGGGGGAAGGAGCUCCAUCUCCUCCCAGGGAUGAGCACCCUGGCCUGGGUGGGAGAGGACCAUAUGGUGUGCAGGCUGUGCUUCCUCCCUCCAGGACUCCACUGA